AGAGGGACAGGUGCAGCCGGGAGCCGCAGAGCGGGCUGGAGGAGGGCGAGGGCCGGGCGCUCACUCCGCCGCCAGCCUCCUCAGCCUCCUCCUUCACUCCAAGGUGGGGACCGAUUGACCGUUUCCAGGCCCCCCGGGGGCGCUGGAGACCCCGAGGGGGUGGACCAUGGCGGUGAGAUUCCAGGUGUUGGACAUGGAAGAGCUGACCAUUUGGGAACAGCACACGGCCACGCUCUGCAAGGACCCCCGGCGAGGCUUCGGCAUUGCAGUCUCUGGUGGCCGAGACCGGCCCCAUGGAUCCGUGGUUGUGUCUGAUGUGGUGCCCGGGGGACCAGCGGAGGGCAGACUGCAGACAGGGGACCACAUCGUCAUGGUGAACGGGGUCUCCAUGGAGAGUGUCACCUCCACCUUUGCCAUUCAGAUACUCAAGACCUGCACCAAGUUGGCCAACAUUACGGUGAAGCGUCCCCGGAAAAUCCAGCUGCCUACCACCAAGGCCAGCACGUCUGGCCGGGGACAUCAGGACUCUGACGAGGCUGACCACGGCCAGGGCUAUGAAGGCGACACAUCCAGCGGCUCCGGCCGCUCCUGGGGCGAGCGCUCGCGCCGGCCGAAGGCAGGCCGCCGGAGCCGGGCCGGCAGCCACGGGCGCAGGAGCCCUGCUGGGAACUCCGAGGCCAACGGGCUGGCCCUGGUGUCUGGCUUUAAGCGGCUGCCGCGGCAGGACGUGAACAUGAGGCCCGUGAAAUCCGUGCUGGUGCGGAGGCGAGAGAGCGAUGAGUUCGGGGUCACCCUGGGCAGUCAGAUCUUCAUCAAGCACAUCACCGAUUCGGGCCUGGCCGCCAGGAACCGUGGGCUGCAGGAAGGAGACCUCAUCCUACAGAUCAAUGGUGUGUCCAGCGAGAAUCUGUCUCUGAGCGACACACGGCGACUGAUCGAGAAGUCAGAAGGGAAGCUGACACUGCUGGUGCUCAGGGACCGAGGGCAGUUCCUGGUGAACAUCCCCCCGGCCGUCAGUGACAGUGACAGCUCUCUCCUGGACGGUGGGGGCCCAGAAGACAUCUCGGACCUCGGCUCAGAGCUGUCUCAGGCGCCGCCCUCCCACGUCCCACCGCCACCCCAGCACAUGCAACGGAAUUUGGAUGCCAGCCGAACCGACUCCCCCGGGAAGAGCCCCCCACUUCGGCGGGAAGAUUCGGUGGAUUCCAGAACCAUCUCGGAACCAGACUCCCCGAGGCAAAGCAGCUACGACAUCUACAGGGUGUCCAGCAGCCAGAGUGUGGAGGACCGCGGGUACAGCCCCGACUCCAGGGUGGUCCGCUUCUCCAAGGGCACAACUAUUGGGCUGCGGCUGGCCGGCGGCAACGACGUGGGCAUCUUCGUGUCGGGGGUGCAGGAGGGCAGCCCGGCCGACGGACAGGGCAUCCAGGAGGGAGACCAGAUUCUGCAGGUGAAUGACGUGCCGUUCCGGAACCUGACCCGGGAGGAGGCCGUGCAGUUCCUGCUGGGGCUGCCGCCGGGCGAGGCCGUGGAGCUGGUGACGCAGAGGAAACAGGACAUCUUCCGGAGGAUGGUGCGGUCCCGCGUGGGCGACUCCUUCUACAUCCGCACGCACUUCGAGCUGGAGGCCAGCCCGCCCUCGGGCCUGGGCUUCACCCGUGGGGACGUCUUCCAUGUGCUGGACACGCUGUGCCCCGGCCCCGGGCAGAGCCGCGCCCGCGGGGGCCACUGGCUGGCGGUGCGCAUGGGCCGCGACCUCCGGGAGCAGGAGCGGGGCAUCAUCCCCAACCAGAGCAGGGCGGAGCAGCUGGCCAGCCUGGAGGAGGCCCAGCGCGCCGUGGGGGCCGGGUCGGGCGCCUCAGUGGGCUCCAGCACGCGGGCUGAGUUCUGGCGGCUGCGGGGCCUUCGGCGCGGAGCCAAGAAGACCACGCAUCGGAGCCGCGAGGACCUGUCCGCUCUGACCAGGCAGGGUCACUACCCGCCGUACGAACGCGUGGUGCUGCGAGAAGCCAGCUUCAAGCGCCCAGUGGUGAUCCUGGGGCCCGUGGCGGACAUUGCAAUGCAGAAGUUGACUGCUGAGAUGCCUGACCAGUUCGAAAUCGCAGACAGUGUGUUGAGGACGGACAGCCCCUCCAAGGUCAUCAAGCUGGACACCGUGCGUGUGAUUGCCGAGAAAAACAAGCACGCGCUCUUGGACGUGACGCCGUCGGCGGUCGAACGCCUCAACUACGUGCAGUACUACCCCAUCGUGGUCUUCUGCGCCCCCGAGAGCCGCCCAGCCCUCAAGGCCCUACGCCAGUGGCUGGCGCCCGCCUCCCGCCGCAGCAGCCGCCGCCUCUAUGCCCAAGCCCAGAAACUACGCAAGCACAGCGAGCACCUCUUCACGGCCACCAUCCCGCUGCAUGGCACGAGUGACAGCUGGUACCAGGAGCUCAAGGCCAUCAUCCGCGAGCAGCAGACCCGGCCCAUCUGGACGGCCGAGGACCAGCUGGACAACUCCUCGGAGGACAACCUGGAGCUCCCUCACCGCGGCCUGACUGACAGCUCCGCGGAUCUGAGCUGUGACAGCCGGGUCAACAGUGACUACGAGACAGACGGCGAGGGCUACACAGACGGCGAGGGCGGGCCCCACACGGAUGUGGACGAGGGUCCCCCCGCGCCAGCUCUGGCCCGGUCCUCCGAGCCCGUGCUGGCAGAUGAGCCCCAGAGCCCGCGGGAUCAUGGGAGAGCCUCCGGUCCCCGAGGGGCCCAGGUGGACGACCACCCCCGCCACGGUCAGAGGCGACAGGACAGUGUGCGGACCUACGGGCGGGAGGCCCUGAAGAAAAAGUUUACACGAGCUCGAGAUAUGGAGUCCUCUGAUGAGGACGGCUAUGACUGGGGCCCGGCCACUGACCUGUGACCCCUCCCAGGUGGCCGUGCUGACCCAUAUUCCUUUCUCCGGCCCCCCCCCCGGCCCCUCACCCAGAGCUGGGACUCGAUUUCCCAUUCAGAACCUAGAACCCUGCCUCCUUCUGCCAGUCUUUAAUAAAUAGAGUAUUUUCAC